GCCACAUUUCAGAGAAAGAACGAAAGAAACUCUCUCUCUCUCUCUCUCUAUCUCUGGAGACUCUCUCUCUCUCACUAAAACUCCAUUCUCUAUUUUCGGUUUCUCAUUGCUGCAAGCAUCCAGCCCUAAGAUCCAGGCCUCGAAUUCUCCACAUUGGCGUGUUUGAUUCGCUGAUCUCGCUCUCGAUCCGUUGAUUUCUGCACCGACAUUUCCUCCGCCGUUGGAUCUGAAUCUUCUGCUUCGGUUUUUCACAUAGGAGUCACAAUUAGCGGUUAAAGUAGUGUGUGAUCGGAACAAUGACGGCCGAGACGGAUGUACACGGCGAGGUCACGGUGUCUGAGGUUGAGGAAAAGCGUAGCUAUCAGGAUCUGCACAAAGACAAUAAUGGAGUUAUUAUUAAUGGGAAUGGGAAUGGGAAUGAGAAGAAUUGUAAUAAGGAAGAUGCAGACGGCUCUUACGUGUUCGUAACCGGAGCCGACGCGGUUUCGGGCGAUCACGUUGAGCCGUCGGAUCUUGGCGGUGAGGUCAUUGUUGAGAAUGUCGGUUUGGAGAAUAGUGAGACUGCGGGCGGUGGAGUUGGUGGUGAAUUGAAGCCUGAGAGCAACGGUGGUGGUGUUUCGGAAAAGGUUGAGAAUGUGACGGAGGAUGUUGGGGAAUCCGAGCCAAGUGGCGAGGCUGAGGCAGAGGCGGAGAUUAAUGAGAGAACGGAGGUUAAGGUUGAGGAGUCUUCUGAGGAUGUAGGAGGGGCCGAGGAGGAGGUAGAGGCGGAGAUUGAUGAGAGAAUUGAGGUAAAGGUUGAGGAGUCUUCUGAGGAAGUAAGAGAUGCUGAGACAGAGGCGAAGGCGGAGAUUGAUGAGAGAAUUGAGGUUAAGGUUGAGGAGUAUUCUGAGGAUGUAAGAGGGGCUGAGGCAGAGGCGGAGAUUGAUGAGAGAAUUGAGGUAAAGGUUGAGGAGUCUUCUGAGGAUGUAAGAGGGAUUGAAGAUUCUCAAGUUAUGGUUUCCAUUUCGGAGGCUGUUGAUUGUGAAUGUGAAUCCACGCAGGUUGAUGAUGGGAAGGCAGUGGAUGGGGAGGAUAAUAAUUUAGAGUUGACUGGGGAAGUUGAAAUAAUUGAGGAAUCUCAGGUUUCAGUUAAUAAUUCUGCUGAAUCUGAGCCGGCGAUUGAGCUUGAUGACGGAGUGAAGAAUGUUGUGGAGGAAAGAGAGUAUGAUUUGGUGACAGAUGGUAAAGAAAAUGAGGAAUCUAAGAAUAUGGCGAGGUUGAAUGGUCAAACUGAUUUGGAUCCGGAGAAAGAAAGACCAGAAUUGACGGAUGACGUUCCUGUGGAAGGUGCACUAGAGGGUCCUGGGGUAGAGUUGGAGCAGAAGCAGAGAACUGUUGUGACUGAUACAGAGUUAGAAACAGAGAUUGGUAAUGGUCCUGUUCCUGUUGAUGAUGGGGACGGUUUGCCUGCCAAUCAUACUGCAGAUGAACCUACAGAAACCAUUGAUGCUGAACAAAACGGGUCUUCUGAGAAUUGCGAAAUCUUGUCCUUCCCAAUUGUUUGUGGGGAUGAUGAUGUUAAGGAGAUUCCUGUUGAAGCAGACACGGAGGAACAUGAAGUGGAUUCAGAGCAGAAUUCAGAAAAAGCUUCAUGUCAAUUAGCCAAUAAGCUGUUAGAACCAGAAGUUGUCAAUGGCCCUGUCCCUGAUGAAAGCGGAGAUUGCUUGGCCAUUGAGCAUGAUCAAGAUAGCAUUUCAGAGAACUUAGUUAAUAAUGAUAUGGUUGGUGCUACUCAAAACACACCAGAACAAAAUGGGUCUUCUAAAGAAGUGGAAUGCUUGCCCUCCCCUGUUGUGUUUGGGAAGGUCCCUGUUGAAAAUGGUGAAAGCUUCCCUACUGCUCCUGAUAAUGAUACAGCAGUAGAAGUGGAUGCUGAGAAUGAGGCUUCUCCAAUUACUGAAAAGAUUCCAACUUGUGUUGCUGAAGAUGAUAUGCCAGAGGCUGAAGUUGGAAACUUAGAUGCAAACAGAAGCAUAAGCCCUGAUGAUACUGAGCUAGAAAUCAACACUGAGACUAGCCCUGAUGAAAUUAUUAAAGCUGAGAAUGGCCCUGAUUCUUGUUCAGCUGAUAAUACAAAGUUAGAAAUCGACACUGAGACUAGCCCUGAUGAAACUGUUAAGGCUGAGAAUGGCCCUGAUUCUUGUCCAGCUGAUGAUACAAAAUCAGAAAUCAAGGCUGAGACUAGCACCGAUGAAACUGUUAAAGCUGAGAAUGGCCCUGAUUCUUGUCCAGCUGAUGAUACAAAGUUAGAAAUCAACACCAAGGUUAGCCCCGAUGAAACUAUUAAAGCUGAGAAUGGCUCUGAUGCUUGUCCAGCUGAUGAUACAAAAUCAGAAAUCAAGGUUGAGACUAGCACUGAUGAUACUAUUAAAGCUGAGAAUGGCCCUAAUUCUUGUCCAGCUGAUGAUACAAAAUCAGAAAUCAACAUUGAGACUAUCCCUGAUGAAACUAUUAAAGCUGAGAAUGGCCCUGAUUAUAGCAUUUUAAGUUCCCAUGAUAAUAAUGUAAGGUCUGAAACUGAGACUGGUUCUGUUGUCAUUGAUUCUGAAGAAAAAAUAUCUGACCAACCAAGUGAUGACACGAAGAUAGAAUCUGGAGUUUCAGAAAUGGUCGUUGCUUGUGCUGAUGACCAGCAUCAUUCAAUUUCUGCUACAGUUGUGGAAUCCAAUAUAAAUGGUUUGGUUGAAAAUGAAAGUGGCUUUUCUACUAGUCUAGGUGCUGAUGAGAAAUCAGAGUCCGAAGUUGAAAAUACAUCCACGCUAACUAACAGGGAUAUGCCUUGCGAUGAUGGUCUUGGAUCUGAGUCCAAGGUUCUGGAUGGCUCAGCUACUGUGAGUGAAACUGCACUAAACUGUGUGCCAGAUGUUGUACAUGCUGAAGAUGGAGAUGAUCGGUUGACUAGUACAGAUAGUGGUGACAAACCAGCAACUCAAGGAGCUGAGGGUAUGUCUGGGAUUCAUGGUGAUGAAACCUCAAUAACUUCACCAGAAGGUCCCACUGUUGAUGCUUUGGAAGGACUGAAUACUGAGGUGGUCAAAAGGCCAUUCUAUUAUUUAAUCAGGGUCCCUAGAUAUGAUGACGAAAAUUUAAAAGAACAGGUCAAACGUGCUCAAUUACAAGUUGAAGAGAAGACUCGAAGUCGGGAUGCUAUUCGAGCUGAAAUCCAAAUGAAAAGGGUCACUUGGAAGGAGCAUGGUGAAAAUUUUGAUGCUGCCAUGGCAGAGGAGAGAACUGCACGAGAGUUGCUUAGGUCCAAACGCCAGGAGAUGGAUUCUGUUCAGUCUAUGAUUAACAAAGUGAAGAAUGCAAUCUCUGUUGAGGAUAUUGGUGGCAGGAUACGAAACAUGGAACAUGCAAUGCAACAUGAAACCCUAGAUCUGAAGGAAGAAAAGAAGUAUCUUCAUGAAAUGAGGCAAUUGAAACAGCUUCGUGAACAGCUCUCAUCUAAUAUGGGUAGGCAGGACGAUGUUCAGCAGGCUUUAGAUCAGAAAGACCAAAUUGAAGAACGCAUGAAGGUUCUGAGGAAGGAACUGGAUGUACUAAGAGAAAAUGUUCUAAAAGCUGAAGCUGUCACUAAAGCUGCAAAAAAGAAAUUUAAUGAUGAAAGUGAUAAGAUUAGUGAAUUACAAGCUCAGUUUAAAGCUGCAGAUGACAUUCGCCAAGAAGCAUACGCACAUUUACAGAGCAUAAAGAAACAAGCGUAUGAGAAGAACAAAUACUUCUAUAGUUACAGGGAUGAUAAUAAUUUAGCUGCUAACUUAGUGACAAAGGGAGAAAAGGAGGAAUUGCAACGACUAUGUGUUAACCAGGUGGAGAAAAUUAUGGAACUAUGGAACAAAAACGAUGAGUUCCGUAAAGAAUACAUCAGGUGCAACACUAGGAGUACAUUGAGGAGACUGAGGACUCUGGAUGGCCGUUCACUCGGUCCCAAUGAGGAGCCACCUCUAAUUCCCACCGUAGCUUAUGAAAGGGUGACCAAGGAUAACUCAAGGGUGACCAAGGAUAACUCUGUGUCCCUGUUGUCAGCUGUGGAACAAGAAAAACCUGUUAAACAAGAAAAACAAGUUGUACAAGUGGAAACUGAAAAGGUAAAGGAGAAAUCCAUCGUGAAAACUGCUGAACAAAAGAAUCAGACAACUAAAUCUAAAAUGCCUGUGAAACCUGAUCUUUUGGGGAAUGGCUUAGCAACUGUUUCUGGCAGAGAUGAGAUUGAAGAGGCAAAAGAAGAAGAGAGUAAGCUAACAAAGGAGGAAGAGGAGUUGGCCAGAAAGGCGGAGGAAUUGAGAAGGGAAAAGGAAGCAGCCAAGUUGAAGGAGCAACGUAAGUUGGAGGAGAAGAACAAGGCCAAGGAGGCCUUGGAGAGGAAAAAGCGAAAUGCGGAAAAGGCCCAAGCCAGGGCUAUGUUAAGAGCACAGAAGGAAGCUGAACAGAAAGAGAAGGAAAGGGAGAAAAAAGCAAGGAAGAAGGAAAAAAAGAAGGCAUCUGGAGAAGAGGCUACUGAUGGUGCCGUUGAACUAGAAAUUGCUCAAAGCUUAGAAACUCCAACUGAAACUACCAAGGAGUCUGAAACUAGAGAAAAGCCCAUGACAGUAACAAAGAGGUCUCAAAAACCCUUGCAAUUUACUAAGCCGGCCAAGGCAAAAUCUAUUCCUCCACCUCUUCGCAACCGCGGUAAGAGGAGGAUGCAGACAUGGAUGUGGGUCCUUGUUGCUGCUAUGGUUGUUUUUGCCUUGUUUUUGGUGGGGAACAGCAGCUUCUCGUUUAAUUUUGGUCUUCAAAGGUUUGGUUUUUGAAUACGUAUCAAUACAUCUUAUUAUUAACUAGGUAUCCUAUAGAGAUUUGGUGAGAUAUUCCCGUAGAUAUAUAUGCAAUUCUUUUUGUUCUUCCCAGGAUUUGUUUUCCUCUAGUUCUGUUCAGUUACUAUAAGAGGUUUUUUUCCUACUCACACCCCAUUAUAGAUUUGAUUUCUUAUUAAUUGCUUAUAUGAAGAACAGAAACUUUUCAAAGUGUUGCUUCGACUAGUAUAAUAAUAAAGAUGGUGAUUUAGCAUUGUUUGCA